AUCUGUUCAGCCAUCGAGACAUUCGUGAUUGUGACUCUCAAUUUUGAUACCCCAAUGCCGAUUUUAUAUGGCGCUGGCGCGGAACAAGCGUCGCGCGUCAGAAAUGGUCGGCCCCGCGCUUCCGCCGGAAACUAACAAGAAAGGUCGUCGCGUGUUCGGUGCAUGUGGAACAGAUUGGGAAGAGUUCUGUGCUCAGGCGGCCAUUCCCUCUGGACCACCUGGGCCAACGUCGCCUGAUCAGACAAGAUCUCAACUUGAUUGGAUCAAGCUCUUUCACCAACAGAUCUUCUUCCUUGGAACUGAUUCUGAUCUGGAAGCCGCAAAAUCCGAGGUCUUCCGAUCUCUGGCCCAACACAAGUCGACAGACGCUCGGCAAGCUUACAUUCGAGAUGCAUUCAGGGAAGCUGCCGAAAGGCUGCGGUGCAAUCGCGACAAGGCAGGAAUCACUAAAGCGUCGUCAUUCGUGCAAAGUCCGCAGUCCAAGGUCGACAAGACUCAAUCUCCGUCGAAACCCCUGAGACAGACACAAUUAAACUUUGGUAUCCUCAAGCCUCGAAAGGAUCAGGCCAAACAUGAUGCUGGAGUACUUACAAAUGCAAUAUCUCCUUCGAAGGAGACCUCCUUUGCCACGACUGUGAACACUUCGUUUUGGUCAAACGCACCCAGUAGCUCUGCAGAAUCAGGGACCACCUUGGUCAAUAGCAGCGACGACGAUGACGCAUUCGAGCCUAUCCCGAGUCUAUCCGAGGUCUCCAGGGUUGCAUCAAGCUCUGCGAGAAUGCGAGCCAGAUUGCGAAAUUUGCCGGAUAUCACUGUUCCAUCAGAUCAUGACAAACCUUCUUCGCACACACUUGAUCUUUUCAUAUCUUCGCUCGAUUCGGACGACUUUCUCAUGCUCGAUCACCUAGCGAGUACAGCAGACGGUCAGAAACAGCGCCACACUGGAUUCGUACGACUCGAACUUCCAUUGAUAUCCGAGUAUUCAAGAUUGCCGUUCACUGUAAGGUGGGAAAUGCAGCGCGUGCUACAGAUCAAAUCAGCGACGGGGAAACCCGCAAUCACAGUACAUGAUCUCCAGCGUGAGUGGAAGCGACCCCGUACUCUGGAGACUCUUCGCGAGUUUGCCGAUGACCGGAAGCUUCCCUUCGAGCCUGGAUUUUCUGAUGAGCAGCCAGGCAAAUCUGAGCAAAUAACCCUCAAUGCUAAGCUUGAGCCAAUACCAAGCGCUUCUGGUCCACUGUUUCAGAUGGUGCUGCAGCCACCUAUGCUUGAGAGAAGCUGUGACCUGCAAAGAAGGUUUGGUUGGGACAGUGUUUUAUAUGUGGACAUUCCUUCGUUGCACAACCCGGUCGGCCAUCACAAAGGCAGGCGGUUGGUAGAGCAGUUUUGUGCCACGUUCCGUGCUCCCUGGGAUCUCAUGAGCCGGAAAUGGCAGUUGCUGAGCAUUCAAGCCGUCAAGAAAAAAUUGGCCGCAGGUUCUUUCACUCAUCGACUAGUGCUCGUUGCUAUCGACAAUCACUCAGUGACGGAAAUUUUUCAGUCGUUGCUCGAAUACAACUCAAAUUGUCACCAGCCAGCCGCGAAGCUUUACUCACGAAUUGACCUUGCGGCUUCGCGAACAACCCCGAUCAUCAGACUUGAGCCAGGAGACAUUGCCUAUGAUGUACCCGACAAGGUGGCAACCGAAGAUCCUGAAGACACCAGACAUCAAGACCCGAAGCUUCGAGAUGUGUUUUGUGGAAAAUUUGAUCCGAAGAUGGUCAUGGACGAUGGAUGCUGUGUCAUGUCAGCUUGGCUCGCGGCAAAAGUAGCUGAUGUUGCAGGCUGUAACCUCGACAGGCGCGGGUUUCAAGCCCGUAUCGCCGGAGCGAAAGGGGUGUGGAUACCAAGCAGUGACCCUUUCCAAGCUGACCUUUCCAAGAAACCGUUGGGUCCUCAUCUUCACAUCAACAAGAGCCAGAUCAAAGUUCGUCUACCUUCCCUUUUCACAUGCGAUCCUGCCUAUUUGUACUUCAAUUUGGUCAGGCCAAACGCUUCCGCACGACGCUCUAUCCUGCAUUUCGGAUACCUGCCCAUCCUUCUCGAUCGCGGCGUAGAAAGGCAGACGAUCAUCGAAGUUGUAACAGUGCAAGAACAGGCAAAAGUGGAUCGCAUACUUCAGGCAGUGAAGGACGGUCCGGAAGCUGUACGUGCCUGGUUGGGCUCAAAGAAUGAUGUUUUUGAAGCUCGGAAUCGAGAGCAGGGCAUCGGACACGUGGCUGGGUUUCCCUUGCGCAAGGAAGAGCGCGUUGUUCAGAUGCUCGAGGCCGGUUUUGAGCCAGCGGAAAACAUAUUUCUCGCUCAGGAUUUGCAAGAGACCAUUGGAGAGAUCAUGGACAUUGAAAAGAAAAGCCUCAAAAUCUCGCUUGGCCGGUCAACUACAUUGCUAGGAGUACCGGACCCGAGGGGCUGUCUCCUUCCAGGAGAGGUGCACAUUGUCUUCGCCGAACGGUUUGUUGACGACGUCAGUGGCGAGUCUUAUCAGGUGCUUCACGGUCGAGACAUUCUCAUCGCACGAAGCCCAAGUCUGGGAAAUUGGGAUAUCCAGCGAGUGAGGAGUGUCUUCAAACCUGAGCUCGCUCAUUUGACUGAUACUGUUGUAUUUUCGACGCGGGGCGCUGUGCCACUCGCGAGUAAAUUGAGUGGUGGAGAUUACGAUGGAGACACAUUCUGGAUCUGUUUCGAACCGAAACUUGUCAAUCCUUUCAAGAACGCCCCGGUCCCAUAUCCGAUCCCAGGAUACGAAGAGCUAGGAAUCACGAAGAAGAAGGAAUUGCUAUCAGACUACGUCUCUGAUCCGACGUCCGACGCUCAAUGGUGCAACUGGGCUCUGCAGAUGGCAUCGGCGCGCUUGGAGACCAACCUGCUGGGAGUGGUGACACUACUUCACGAGAAUUUGAUCUACGACCAAGGAAACAUUGAUUCCGACCAAGCUCGAAACCUCGUCUUUCUACACGACUAUCUCGUCGACGCAGACAAGCAAGGUUACGAGUACUCCAACGACGCUUUCAAGAAAUGGAAGUUAAAGACAGGAAUUCCUAUGGAUCUUCCUGACCCAGAAUACAGAAAAUUUAAGAAUGAGGAUAGAACUGACUACCCCAUUAAGGCUCCUGCAAAAGGUAACAUCAUCGACGCAAUUAUUUUUGAGGUUAUUGGACCGAUGCACAAGAGAUGUGUGACAACAGUGCAAGAGCUCCUGGGCAAAGCGGAGAGCCACGACGUUCACCUUGGAACUUUCCAUGACCAAAUGGCCGGACAGACGGUUGAUUACGCCGGAAACGUCGACUACAGUAUACAAGAGGAGAUCAAACACAUCAAGAAUUCUCUGAAAAGUGUGCGAGACGCCUAUCAAACUGCUUUGGCGGGCAAGUCAGCCCAUGCCGACUUCGUCGAGGGUGUCAAACACCUUCGCUCGCUCUAUGAUGCGAUACAACCCCUUCAGCCCGAUCACCCUGUCGCCCGGGAGUGGCUUCGUCGUCAGGGAACCGCCCUUAGCAUUUGGGACAAAUUGAAGGCAUCGACACUGGCCAAAUUUCACCACGACACCACAAAGCCGGGCAAACUGCUUUACAGCGUCGCAGGGCGUGAGUUGUGCGAGCUGAAGGCCUAUCAGAAAGCUCAAGCAAGCAUCGAUCUUGGGAUGAACGGAGCCGAUGUCCCGCGAGUCGUUAACGCAAGACAAUGGUCGCUGAUGAAGCCUCGGAAGACCAAAACGCCCCUUGCGACGAAUUUGAGUUGCUUGAAGGAUCGCAGUGCCGAUACUUGGGAUGAUGAUAUCCUGCUGAACGAUAUCGAUGGUUUCGAUGACGACGAUUACGAUGAGAUAUGAUUCAUGAACAUUGUAGUGCAGAGAUGCGAGACAGGAAAUACCUGUACGGCGCGGUCAAUCCACCCUAUACGAUUGACAGAGAUAUACUACGAACUGCGGCGAAGAUCCGCAUAUGGCGGAGAACUGUAACAUAUAAUCAUUGGUGUGACAGUACGACGCGAUAGCCAGACUAAUAAACACGUGGAUAUAUUUUGCAUCGAAUGCCAACACCGUCGGACAAUUGGUCGUCGUCUGGGGUCAUGCAUGCUUUCGGGGGUGAGAGCAAACUCAUAGAAGUGAUGUACUGUGAAGGACAGACUAGGCAUCCAUCCUAAAUAUCAUC